AUGGCAUUUAUGGGUGAUAUGAUGAACCCAGCCCCUUUCUGGCAGAAUGGUCCUGCCCCUGGAGCGUUCUAUAACUUCCCUGGGAACUCUUCGAGUUUUGGUCCAAGCAACCACUCGGUAAAAGAAUUCAAGGCACACUCUGCCCAACCAAUCACCACUACUACAACAGUCAUUGGAGUCAAGUUUGAUAAAGGCUGUGUGAUUGCUGCUGAUACACUUGGGUCUUAUGGCACACUAGCUAGAUUCCGUGACUGUCCCCGUGUAAUAAGAGUCAAUGAUUUGAUAAUGCUUGGCUCUGGUGGUGAUUAUGCUGAUUAUCAGUACUUGAAAGACAUAAUUGAACAGAAAAUUAUUGAUGAACAAUGCAUCGGUGAUGGUCUCAACCUUAAGCCGCGUUCUUUAUACUGCUGGUUGACCCGUGUACUGUACAACAAACGCUGCAAAAUGGACCCAUUGUGGAGCAACUAUAUUGUAGCUGGUAUUCAGGAUGGUGAACCUUUCCUUGGCUCAGUUGACAAGUUAGGAACAGCAUAUGAAGAUGCCGCCAUCGCGACUGGCCUAGGCGCGUACAUGGCAACUCCUUUGCUUAGAGAAGGAGUUGACAAAGGAAAUCUAGAUGAGGAGACUGCCAAGGCCUUAGUCCGUAAAUGCAUGGAAGUAUUGUACUACAGAGACGCUCGCGCCUUCGCGCGGUACCAACUGGGUGUGGUGACCGCCGCCGGAGUGAAGAUCGACGACGUAACCGAGAUCGCCCACAACUGGUCUCUCGCACACAUGAUCCAUAUGAAGUGA